AUUGACACGUCGGUAUUGACUCAUAUCUAUUAUGCCUUUGGAAACAUUUCUUCCGACUUUUCCAUCAAUGUGAAUGGAUAUGAACAAGAGUUUUCAGAAUUCAUGGAGCUGAAAAAUGUCAAGCGUGUUAUGUCCUUUGGCGAUUGGGAUGUCUCGACGAGCCCAGAUACCUAUAUAAUCUUCCGCCAGGGAACUGCUGCAGCCGACCGAUCUACAUUGGUGGAAAAUCUGGUCAACUAUGUUUCUGAAACGGGCCUGGAUGGUAUCGACAUUGAUUGGGAGUAUCCAGGCGAGCCAGAUAUCGCAGGUAUUCCUGCCGGAAGCGACGACGAAGGAGAAAACUAUCUUGCUUUUCUUAAAGCGCUCAGAGAAGCUCUUCCUGAUGGCAAGAUCUUAUCAAUUACAGCACCAUCUUCUUACUGGUAUCUCCAGGCCUUCCCCAUUGAUGUGAUGGCAGAUGUCGUGGACUUUAUCAAUUAUAUGACAUAUGAUUUGCACGGAACUUGGGAUGAGAAGUGUACUUGGGCCGAUAACGAAUGUACGGCCGGUGAUUGCCUUUUCUCACAUGUCAGCAUGACCGAAACUGAAUGGGCCCUGGCCAUGUUGACCAAGGCUGGAAUUGGCACUAGUCAGAUUAUGGUGGGGGUGGCUAGCUAUGGUCGUUCUUUCGAGAUGUCUGAGGAAGGCUGCUAUAACUCUAGCUGUACCUGGACUGGUGCGGGAGAGGCUGGAGAGUGCACCAAUACUGCUGGAUACAUUUCCAAUGCAGAGAUCAACCUGAUCCUGCAAACAAACGACAAUUCUCAGGCUUACUCGGGUGGAAAUGUGACGGAUUUCAUCAUUUACAAUGACACCCAAUGGGUUGGCUACAUGAUCAAUGAGACCAAGACCAAGCGCGCAUCCUGGUACGAGGGUUACAAUUUCGGUGGUACCGCCGAGUGGGCCACUGAC